UUUACCUUGUCUUUUCGUACGUACUGACUGUUAGUGAUUUCAGUUGAGCUCCACUAUCCGAGACAGGCGUUACAAUCAUGACGAAUUUGUUUUAUUUCUGCGUAUUGGCAGCGUUCGUUCCAUUUGCGUAUGGAAAUAACGAAUAUUCAGGAAUGGUCAGGGGUAGUGCCAAAAUGAGAAGUGAAAUUCGUAAGUCCUUAUUUGGUGACUACGACAAACUCAACAUACCCGACAAUCCAAAUGUAAAAUUUGGAUUGACUCUGAACAACAUCGAUGUGGAUGAAGAGAAGCAAACCCUCGAAGCGGAUAUUUGGUUGAAAAUGACCUGGACAGACGACCGUCUAAAAUGGGACAAUGAAUCGACCGGUGUCAGUGUUCUUCGCAUCGGACCUGAUGAAAUUUGGAAACCAGACAUCACUCUUUACAACAGUGCCAAUCCCGGUGAAAUGAUGACAUGUACGAACGCAAUGCCAUUAAUAUUUUACAGUGGAACGGCAUUGUGGGUACCACCGUGUCACAUCAGCGCCUAUUGUAACAUGACGCUAGAAGAAUAUCCAUUGGGCGAACAAAGUUGCAAAUUGAAGUUCGGCUCGUGGGUCUAUGACGGCUUCACUAUGAAUAUUGAAUUGGAUGGGAAAGCAAAGGCUGACACCAGUAACUUCAUGGGCAACAGGUGGGAUAUUACGAAGAAUGUGGCUACUCGUAAGGACAGCUACUACCCAUGCUGCAAAGAACCAUACCCCAGUAUUAAUUACAAUUUGUCAUUCAAACGGAAGACUAACAGAAAUGUAUGCCUUUAAGCCAAAGGAGUGUUUUAUCAAAAUCAGUUAAGUCCACUUCUAAUAUGUAACGUGAGGGAGAAAGGGACAACUAUAAGUCAACUGACAACGUUAAAAGAGUGAAGACAAUAAUGAACUUAACUGGAUUUUGAUAAAACUAAACGUAUAAUAUUGUUCCCAUUUUAAAUGACCUUCAUGAAAUUGAAAUAUAGUUGAGUAUAGUACACUUGAAA